AUGAACGAGCUGAUCCCGUUCUGGGCGCUCGCUCCGCCCAGUAUCCCCAGCAACAGGAGGGCAACACUCGCGCGUGUCGCUGUCAUGGCGGGCACAACUGUCGAACUGUCACUUGUCACUUGUCGCCGGGCGUGUGGCAGCGAGCAUGGCGUGACGACCGGUCGCCGCGUUGCGUGGGCUCGCACUGCCGGUGAAAGAAAGAAAGGCGCGCGGGAGCGUGCGUCGCGCGCACCACAGAGCAACAGGCCAUGCUUUCACGCCGACGGCCCCUAUUCACUGCCUAACACU